GUGACUCUUGGAAGGAAUCUGAGGAUGAAGCAGUGACGUGCAGUCGGUGGGAUUUGGCCCGGGAUCUCCCUCCUCCCCACUUUAAUCGUUGUGUUGUGGUGGAAGUCCUCGUGGUGGCUUCUCCUCCCCCUCAGGAAACGUUCCUUCACUCACUCUCUCUCUCUCUCUCUCUCUCUCUCUCUCCAUCUUCUCUCUCUCUCUCUCCCUCCCUCCAGUAUAAAAGCGUUUGGGGUGGUUUGAGUUGUGCAUACGAGACACCGCCGGGACCAAACAUGCUGGGGAGCUGACUGAACUCCCUCCGUCCUCAGGAAUUUGUCACGAGGAUUGGCCAGGCACCGUGGGACCCAUGGGGUGAGUGACAGCGGCCUCCAGUGAGACAAGCAGCAGGAUGCCCAGGGCGGCAGUGGGUGCCCGACUCCACCACGCCACACCCGUCGGCUGCGCUCUGACCUGCUCCUGGCUUCUCCUCCUCGUCCAUGCCGUGCUGACCCAGAAGCCCGCCAAGCUGCCCCUGAUUGGCCGAAAGCCCUUCAUUGCCGCCUGGAACGCGCCGCUGGACAUGUGCGCCAGCAAGUACAACAUCAGCGCCAACCUCAACCUCUUCCACAUCAACGGCAGCCCGCGCGCCAUGAGGACGGGCCAGAACGUCACCAUCUUCUACGCAAACCGGCUGGGCCACUACCCGCACUACACCGACCAGGGCAAGGCCGUCAACGGGGGCCUCCCGCAGAACUGCAGCCUGACCGCCCACCUGCGCAAGGCCCGCCAGGACAUCUGCCACUACAUCCCCGCCGAGGACUUCCGCGGCCUGGCCGUCAUCGACUGGGAGUACUGGCGGCCGCAGUGGGGCCGCAACUGGCACAAGAAGGACAUCUACCGGCAGAAGUCGCGCGAGCUCGUCUCGCGGGCCUACGUCAACAUCACGGACGAGCAGCUGGAGGAGCUGGCCCGGCGCGGGUUCGAGAGGAGCGCCAUGGCCUUCAUGCAGAGCACGCUGCAGCUGUGCACCAGCACCCGGCCCCACGGCCUCUGGGGCUUCUACCUCUACCCCGACUGCCACAACUACAACCUGCACCAGCGCAACUACACGGGCUCCUGCCCCCUGCUAGAGAGCCUGCGCAACGACGAGCUGCUCUGGCUGUGGAACAGCAGCACGGCGCUCUUCCCCUCCGUCGCCAUCAGGAAGUCCCACAGCCACACCCACUUCUCCCGGGUGCUGAGUCUGAGAUCCUCGCUCACCCUGACCGACCUGCCCACCUUCGUCUACACGCGCCUGGGCUACGACAGCCAGCCUCCCCUCUGUGGAAAACAUUGUUGUAACAUUAUUUUGCAGAAGGAUCUGAUCCACACUAUUGGGGAGAGCGCUGCUUUGGGUGCUGCUGGCUUUGUGAUAUGGGGGGACCUCAACCUCACAUCCUCCAGACACAACUGCUCCAGGGUGAAGCUGUUUCUGGCGAGCCGACUGGGUCAGUACAUCACCAACGUGACGCGCGCCGCCGAGGUGUGCAGCGACUUCCUGUGCCAGAGCAACGGAAGGUGCGUGCGCCGGGAUCCGCGCGCACCACACUACCUGCACCUCAGCGCCAACAGCUACCACAUCGAGCCCUCGGGAGACGGCGAGUUCGCCGUCACCGGCUGGCACUCGCAGCGCGAGCUGCAGCUGCUGGCCAACAGAUUCCGCUGCCACUGUUACCAAGGCUACGGCGGCGAGCGCUGCGACAGCCUCGAGCCCCCGGAGGAGACAGAGAACGCCGCCCUCAGGACUGCAAACUCUGCGGCGUUUGUUGUUAUGCUCCUAAUCUUGAACUUCAUAAUAUGACGAACUAUCUGACUCUGAAGGCACAUUAUGUUCCGUCGUAUUGCUAAAGAACGGUUCCAGCUGCUCCUCGCAAUAAGCUUGAUGUAGCAAUAAGCUUUUGAACAUUGAACAGGUUCUUUGGUUUUUGUAUUGCAAAGAGUUUAUUUUUGUAUAGUAGCCUACAUUAUGAGCCAGCCGUUAUGGAAUAAUGCUGCAUAUGUAUGGUUUUAUUACAGGUUACAAUACAUGUAAACGUUUUGUGUGAAAGACACAUGAAAUAUUAGGGUACGUGAACAGAAAUGCUUCUGGGAGUGUGUAGACAUAGCAUAUCAUUUCCCUUCCAAAUAAUAGAUGCAUUUCAAAGAGAGAAAUAGAGUAAGCUUGAGCAGGUGCAUUUGGGGUAUGAUAAGGUGAAAUCAAUGAAAACUAAAAUCUGAAGAUUAUCUGAAGAAAAUGUAAGCAGGGCGGUUAAUUAACAGUGAAAGUUUACAGAGGGGUCUAGUGCACUGAAAAGUGCAGAGCUGUGACCGCCUUUUAACCAGUCUUUUAACCACCUUUCAGAUGUAGUAUCUGUGUGACUAAGCGCUGUGUGAGGGUAGGGUUUGGAGAUUUUAUUUGACAGACCUUGUUCUCUUGAACAGGAAUGUAAUCUGCAUACUGUAUGAUGACACUGUAUUGCUUGAAUGUAAUACCACUAGAUAAAGCAUCAGUAAUCAUUCUAUUAAUCACAUUAUUAUUGGAUUAUAAGCACACAAGCAUAAUCUGCAGGGUUAUUCUUCUGAUAUUCUUGAAUAUGCUGUGAAUUUGUUGACUGAUGGUUCAGAUAGAGGUGUAUGCAGCUUCACCCAACCAUUGCACAUAGAAUCAUGGGAGAUUUAGAGAUCAGAGCAAGUAUAUGCUUUCUAUAUAGGUACUAUCCAUGUUAUUCACUGAUAAUAUAUUUUCAAUGUCAGUACACAAAACACAGACAUGCAGUAAUUGUUUGAAAGACUAACCAAAUAACAGUAAUGAGAAAGGGGUAAUUCACAAAAAGAGAGAAUAUGUUUAUCAAAAUCCACAUUACAGAAUUAAAUGUGCCAGAAUUUUUCUCCUCUUUUUGUAUUACGUAACCUUGCUGGAACCAAAACUGGAAUAAGGAACUACCAUUGAAAAAAAUCAGGCAAAUUGUGUCUAUGAGAUGCCCGUCUAUGCUUUGCAAAGCUUAAAUUCUUAGAAAAGAGUUUUGAAUACAAGGCACAGCUGUGAGAACCAUCCCUGCUUUUGUUCCACACUCUCUCUCUGUCACUCACACUCACACACACACACAUAUGUAUGCACACAUACACUCACACACACACACACACACACACACACACACUUAUGAAAUUAUCCAGAUCUGACAUCAUCCACCCCUUAGAAAAGUCAACAUUAUGAAGGGCUGUUCAAUCCUGACAUAUGUUUAAACAAGAUAAUACAGUACAAGUGUGACCAAACCUAACUUUUGGAAAAUAAAAGUGCACUUAAAGGGAUCUAAACCAAAUCCUUUGAACUGCUUAUAGCAAGCAUGGCUACAAAUUAUUAAACCAUAUAAAUUGUG